AUGUCGCCACUCUUGAGCGAUACUUGCGCAGAUAAGCUAUCCGUCGACGAGCUACUCUCAAAACUCACAGUCGACGAAAAGGUCGCUCUUCUUGCAGGCAAGGACUUUUGGCACACGACACCAUUACCUCACCACGAUAUACCAUCCAUACGCCUCUCCGAUGGACCGAACGGCGUUCGCGGUACAAGAUUCUUCGACAGUGUUGCUUCGUCAUGUCUCCCAUGCGGGACAGCAUUGGGCGCGACAUUCAAUACAGACUUAUUGGCUGAGAUUGGACAGUUACAGGGUCGGGAAGCCAAGGCGAAGGGAGUUGUCUGCGUGCUUGGCCCUACACUCAACAUCCAGAGGGGUCCACUGGGUGGCCGCGGCUUUGAGUCCUUCUCUGAAGAUCCGCUGCUUUCUGGUAUUCUGUCGGGGUACUACACAAGAGGUGUUCAAAAGGAGAACAUCGCAACUACGCUGAAACACUUUGCCUGCAAUGAUAUGGAGCAUGAGCGCAUGGCCGUCAAUGUGAUUAUAACACAGCGCGCGAUGCGGGAGAUUUACUUGUUGCCAUUUAUGCUUGCCAUUAGUAUAGGUGAUCCUCGGGCAAUCAUGACAGCAUACAACAAGGUCAAUGGCGUACAUGUCUCGGAGAGCAAGACACUAUUGCAGAAGAUUUUUCGGGAGGAGUGGAAGUUUGACGGACUCGUCAUGAGCGACUGGUUUGGUACCUAUAGCACAACAGGGUCUGUUCACGCUGGCCUUGACCUGGAAAUGCCUGGCCCAACGCUUUGGAGAGGUCCAGCAUUAUCCCAUGCUAUCAUGGCCAACAAAGUCACUGAAGAACAGCUCGACAACCGCGUGCGCAACAUCCUCAACCUCAUCAAUUACUCGCGCGCCUCCGGUGUGCCUGAGAACGCACCCGAGAAACGAUUGAACCGCCCACAAGACCAGGCACUUCUGCGACGAGCAGCGUCAGAGUCCAUUGUCCUUCUCAAGAACAACGAUAAUGUCUUGCCGUUUGUCAAAUCAAAGACCACUGCGGUCAUUGGACCAAACGCCAAGAUUACCCGUUUUUGUGGAGGCGGCAGCGCGUCGCUUCUUCCAUACUAUAGUGUUUCACCCUACGAUGGCAUCGCGAAGCAAUGUGAGAAAGUGCAUUUUUCACAAGGCGCAAUGGACCACCAGAUGCUACCACAGAUGGGCGAUGUGCUUAGGACUGACAAGGGUCAACGGGGCUUCACUUGGAGGGCCUACAAUGAACCCGCGACAAUCAAGGAUCGAGUUCCGUUGGACGAGCGCGUUCUUACCGAUUCCAAUUGCUUCUUCUUAGACUACGAACACCCUGACCUGGCUCCAGUUUGGUUCUCUCAGGCAGAAGGAAUCUUCACACCUGAGGAGAGUGGCCUCUACGACUUUGGACUCGGAGUGGAAGGCACAGGCAAGCUCUUCAUCAACGAUGCACUCUUGAUCAGCAACAUCGAGGACCAAAAACCAGGCGAGACGCUAUUCGGUUCUGGUACUGUGGAGGAAAAGGGCAGCAUGGAACUAGUUGCGGGCCAAGACUAUAAAGUCCGGGUGGAAUGGGGCUGUUUCAAAACAAGCAAAUUGCCACCUUCUGGUCCCGUCGGUGGUCGGCACGGAGGGUUCAGAUUUGGCGCGUGCAGACGGAUUGACCCUGCUCAAGCCAUUGAAGAAGCCGCGCAAGUAGCCAAGUCUGUGGAUCAGGUCGUUCUGGUCGUGGGUCUGAAUGGUGAGCUGGAGUCCGAGGGCACAGACCGUACUACCAUGGAUAUGAGCGCUCAUACCAACGCUCUUGUCUCUAAGGUGCUUGCGGCAAACGUCAAUACUGCUGUGGUGGUUCAGUCAGGCACACCUGUUGGUAUGCGUUGGAUCGACGACGCUAAAGCUGUCUGCCAUGCUUGGUACGGUGGCAACGAGACGGGAAAUGCUAUCGCAGAUGUGUUAUUUGGUGACGUGAACCCAGCUGGCAAGCUGCCCUUGACGAUACCUCGUCGUCUUCAAGACAACCCUACAUACUUCAACUUCCGUAGCGAGGCAGGACGUGUCCUCUACGGCGAGGACGUAUAUGUAGGAUAUCGGUACUACGAGAAGAUCGAUUGCAAACCUCUGUGUCCUUUCGGUCACGGCCUAUCAUACACCGCCUUCUCGCUCCAGAAUCGCAACGUGCAGGUUGAUGAUGCUUGCAAAGUUACGAUUGAUAUGGAUACGGUCCUUUCUACAAGCUACUGGCAUGAGGGUCGUGAUAAAUGGUGUAGCGAGAGGGGUGAGUAUAGGGUAUUGGUUGGUACGAGCAGUGCGGAUACGCCAUUGGUGGCGACAUUCGCGGUAGACAAAACAAGAUAUUGGACCGGUCUCGCACCCUAA